AUGUCAAAUAAAGAGAAAAUAGAUUUGUAAAUUCUAGGUAAAGUACGCCAUCUUAUUCCUAAUAAUUUCAUAAUUGAAAGGAUUAAAAAACAUGAGUUAUAGAAGAAUACAGGGUAAAGAGUCAAAUGGUUAUUUUAUUUAGUUUAGUUAAGACCAUUUAAUUAAGAUCAUCUAAGAGAUUUACUUUAGAGUAGAAUGAUAAAUAUGAUGAGUUCUGUGAUGUUUUAGAUUCAUUUACUUUUGGUAAUGAUUUAGAAGUGAUAAAAUAAUUUGAUAAUUUCAAAGAAACCAUAAAACCUAAAUUAAUGAAGGGAUCUACUUUUGGUACUAUUAAUGGUGUUGAGAAUAUUGAUUUAAAUACUUUUCAAACAAAAAAGGGUUGUUUUAGAACACUAUAGGAUAAAACGAAUUUAAUUGUAUUUUGGGUAUUUAUGCAAAUUAUAAUUAUUUAGUCUUCUUUGGUUCCAAAAUCAAUAAGAGCACUUCAAUAAUUGAAUGAAUUGUUAAAAUAAAAUAAAGAUUUAAAAUUGUAAAUCAAUCCCAUAGCAAUUUCUUUAGAUGGUGAUUUCAAUAAUCUUAAAUCUUAUUUAAGAGAUAAUUAAAUAAAAGAAUUUGAACAUUAUAGAUUCACAUUUGGAUGGGAUUCAUCAAAUGAAUUUCAAAAAGCAUUGGAAUUAAAUUAUUUACCUAAAAUUGUUGUUGUUGGAAAAGAUAAUUAUGUUGUAGAUGUAACAACAAAAUCAAAUAAAAUAGAAGAUAUAAUUAAUACAUAUAUAAAAACAGGUGAAUCAGUUUAAGAAUCUGAAGAAAUUCAUUAAUAAAAAGAUAUUAUUGAAAAAGAAACAUAUAAAUAAAUAAAAUAAACAUUAAUAUAAACUAUUGCAAAUCAAUUAUCUCAAAAUAUAAAAUUAGAAUAAAGUGAUUUCAUUAAACUAAAUUUAAUUAAAAGUCAUAAAAUAUCUCAUGAUGGUAAUUAAGAACUUAUAGAAAGAAGUCAAUUAAAUAUAGUAUAUGAUAUUUCAGUAUAAUCAGAAUAAGUUAUAAUAUAAUUUUUAAAUGAAAUUAAAACACAAUUAGGAAAUAAUAAUAUUCAUAUAUAAAAAUAAUUAAUAAAAGAUCCAAAUGGUAUAGUAAAAAAAAUAUCUGAUGCAUUUUAGGAUGCUUUAAAAUAAAAUAACAAAGUUAUAUAAGAUUAUACAAUAAAAACAGAAACUUUUAAUUAUGUUAAUGAAAAAGGAGUAUUUUAAUAGGAUGUUUAAUUAAUAAACAAGAAAGGAAUAUUUAAUUUAAAAUUUUAAGAAUAUUAAACUAUUUAUUCAUAGGUUUAACCAAUUUUUAAGAAAUAUUAAGAAGAAAUUGAAGAAAGUGAUGAAGAACAUGAUCAUGAAUCAGAAUAAUAAUAAGAUAGAAAUUUAAUAAAUAAUAAUAUCAACUAAUUAACAGAUACUUUAAGAUCUGGAUUAUAAUUAACUGUUGGAUAAAGAUUUUAAACAAUAUAAAAUUAUCAUAAAUUUGGUAAUGAUCAAUAAAUACAAAUUGAACAUAAAGAAAAUUAAAUUUUAAUUAUUUUUUAUUGGAAUGAUAAUAAAGAUAGUGAUAGACUAUUCCCAACAAUAAUAAAAUUCUUACUUGCUAAUGAAGAUUCCUUUAAGGAUAAUGUAAGAUUUGUAGCUUUAAGUUAACAUAAAUUUGAUCAUUAUUAACAUUACUUUCUUAAAAAUGAAGGUAUAGAAGAAGUUAUUGAUUUCUACUUUCCAAUAGAAGAGAAUUAAACAGAUUUAAUAUAAUAUAAUGUGAAUACAUUCCCUCAUUUUGUUAUUAUUGAUAAAAUUGGAAAUAUAAGAUUAUAAUCACGUUAAAUAGAAGAUUUAGAGUCUCUUAUAGAGCAUUAAUUAGAAGAAGGACUUGAUAAUUUAAAAUAAUUAGUUAAUUUAAAUGAAGAGUAGUAUAAUUAAAUAACUUAAUUUUUGCAAUCUGAUGCAAGUGUGAAUCUUGGUUAGUUCAAUAAUAAAAGACAAUUUUCUAUGAAUUUUAUCUUUAUUGAAUUUUAAUGUGGUGAAAAUAAAACUCGUUUAUCACCAAUAAUAAAUUAUACAAUAAGAGAUGGGAAAUAAAAAUAUGUUGAGACUUAUCUAAAACUUCUUAAUAAAGUUUACUCUUUGAUUUAAUUUUAAGUUAAUAAGACAACUUAAAAGACAUUAAAUUUUCUAUUUCCUGGAAAAGCUUGUAAAUUAUGUUAAAAUGAAUUAAAUGAAUAAACUCCUCAAUAUUAUAGUCCAUUUAUUGAUGAAUUUUAUUGUGUUAAGUGUGCUGAAGUAUUUGAUACAAAAGCAAUAGGAAAUAAUAAAUUAAGAGUAAAAGAUAAUUUAAUAUUCUUCAAUGCACCUUUAGUUGAUAAAUCUGUGUUGAAUGAUAUUGAUGUAAAUAGACUAGGAAAUAAUCUAAAAGUUAAGAAAGGUGAUCCUUACUCUUAGAGACAUGCUAUAGAUUGCAAUGGUUGUGAUAAUGAAAUAAGAGGAUUUAGAUACAUUGUGUUAAAUUGUUUACCAGGAAAAUUAACAGAUAUGGUAAUAUUAAUAAUUUAAUAGUUAUAAGGCUCUAGUUGAUUUUUGUUAAGAUUGCUUUAAUUAGAUAAGAUAAGGUGGAACACAUUUAGAGAAGAUUGUAAAGAGAACAUCUAUGUAUGGAUACAAUCCAUCUAUGUUAUUAUUAAGAAUUCCAUUUUAUAUGGGAUAUUAUGAAUAUUGAGUUU